AUGAAACAUCAAGUUUGGAUAGAAGGUCUCGGGGAUAUGGAGCCAUGUGACAUAUGUAAAAGUGCAAAGGUUCAGCUGUACUCAGGGAAUUGUCAAGCCAAUCUCUGUCAAUCUUGUAUAGGGGUCCAUGUCACAUUAGAACUAAAUAAGCCACACACUGUUAUUGGGGUCGAGCAGAGAAAGACUAUUCCGAAUUUUCCAAUUUGUUUAGACCAUAAAGAAAGGACUUGUGAAGCUCAUUGCAAGAAUUGUGAGGUUCCCGUUUGUAUUGAAUGUAUUGUUUCCGAUCAACACGAGGAACAUAAAUUUCAAAAUAUUAUAGACAUUUUUAAGAGUAAGCAAGAAAAUAUCAAAACAGAGCUUAGUAAAUUCGAAGAUACUUUAUUUCCAGACUAUCAAAACAAGUUAUCUACAUUAGAAACACAAAUGGCAUGUCUCAAAGAAGAUUAUGAUAACCUUAUAACUCUGGUUUCUGAGCAAGGGGUAAAAUGGCACAAUGCAAUUGAUGAGCAUGUAAACAACCUGAAAAGCAGACUUGAUAAGUUGAGAGACCAAGAGUUGGCUGAACUAAACGAUGAAAAAACUAAGAUUCAACAGAAAAUAACUGAGAUGCGAGAAACCAUGUCCAAGUUUAGAAAUAUUCUGGCGUCAAAUGACAUUUCCGAACAUUUAAAGUGUGCAUGUGACUUUCAACCUGUGCUAACGACUCUAAAGAAAAGCAACAUAGUUUUAUUUACCUUCUCACCAGAAAAAGUACCAACUGACGAAAUUCGGAAGUGGUUUGGAAUUCCUGUAAAACAAAUAAAAAAAUUGGAACAAUAUAACAACCCUUUAUCUAAAGCAAAAGAAAAUUUUCCCGUUUUUAAUUGGGAAGAUUAUCGAAGUGAUAAUACUCGAUCGCGUCGAUUUGGCCAGAGGCAUUUCACAUCUUACCGCCCUCUCUAG